AUGUCCGAACCUUCAGUAUCAACUAUGUACAAGGAGUCCGGGAUAAAGGUUUUAAUAGUAAAGCGCAGUUCUAUAAAGGGACAAAUUACUAAAUUCAAAAAUUAUUUAGACAAGAUUACAAGGCAAUCUCAAUUGGCGGGUAUCGAAGUGGCUGAGCUUUCACUGAAGGUCAGUCGCUUUGAGAGUCUGUCCGCUAAAUAUGAUGAGCUGCAAACUCAAAUUGAAUUAAUAAAUGCUGAUACUUUAGACGAAGAGCUCGAUGAACCUGAUACACCAAAGGUCAACAAUGCCUCUGGUGAUGUCUCUGAGACUUCAGCAAAUUAUUCAAACAAAAAUUCAAAUCAAGUUAUUUUGUCUACUGCCCAAGUAUACAUUUUGAAUCCAACGACUAAUGAGCCUCUUAAAGUACGGGCCUUGUUGGACUCAGGCAGUCAGUCAUCUUUCAUUACAAAAUCUCUUCAACAAAAACUUGCAAUCAAUUCAAAUCCAAUUUCUGUUAACGUCAUUGGUAUCGGUCACUCAGACAACCAAAUCAAGGAAAGCUGUGUGAUCCAAUUAAAAUCCAUUUACAAUAAUUUUAAGACAAAAUUAAAUUGUCUUGUGCUUCAUAGGCUGACUGGGAAUCUGCCUAAGGCACCUAUAAAUAUACAACAAUUAAACAUACCAUCGCACUUGCAUUUAGCAGACCCCGAUUUCAAUCAGCCAGCUCCUAUUGAUAUACUAAUAGGAGCCGAUCUUUUCUGGCAACUCAUGAAAAACGACCGUAUUUCUUUAGGUGCAAACAAGCCUAUGCUACAAUAUUCCAGUUGUGGUUGGUUAAUUGGUGGUCCUAUUUCUUAUCAAGCUAAACAAGUACUUUGCCAUAAUUCAGUCAUUAAUGACAACUUCCCAAACGAAAACAAAAUCGACAAUUUACUAGCAAAAUUUUGGGAGCUAGAAGAGUUUCCCCAAAAAACAAUUCUAAGCGAAACAGAAUUAGCCUGUUCAAAUGAUAGCGAGGAACUAAAUUAUAUUCAAAUUUCAGUUGCACAAGAAUUAGACAAAGGCUGUUUUAAAUUACGUAAAUACAAAAGUAAUCUAUGUUCUAUUUUUGAUAAUUGUAAUUUAAAUUUGCAAGAAAAUUUUAUGUUAAGUGAGGCUUCGAGUACUCUAGGCUUAGGUUGGAAUCCAAAUAAUGACAUGUUAAAUUUUCCAGUUAAUAUUCCUCCUUUGAGAAAUACUAUUACAAAAAGAAGCAUCAUGUCUGAUGCAUUCAAGAUUUUUGACUCACUCGGUUUGUUGAGCCCAUACAUCAUGCAGCCAAAACUUAUGUUACAAAAAUUAUGGAAGCUUAAAUCCGAUUGGGAUCAACCAGUACCGAUAGACAUUGAAAACGCUUGGAGGGAUUUUUCUAGGGAUUUGUUAUUAAUUUCUAAUUUUCAAAUUCCUAGAUUCGUCCUUAGUGAGUCACCACAAAUUAUUGAUAUUCAUUGUUUUAGUGAUGCUUCUUUGGUUAGCUAUGGUGCUUGUAUCUAUGCUAGGGUUACCUCUUCAAAUAAUCACAUUGCAGUAAAGCUCCUGUGCUCAAAAUCAAAGGUAGCCCCCUUAAAGCCUGUUUCAGUUCCU